AAAGCGCUUUAGUUGAUGGCUAAUGUGUUCAUAACCUUCUCAGCUUGUUAAUGGUAACACGUUAACCUGGCGGAUAGCUAGCAGGAAGCUAGCUCCACGCUGCUGAAAUGUUAGCCAUUUUGCUAGUAAGAUGGCCAUGUUAGGAGGUCGGUAGUAGUCGGAGAUAAUAUCGUCUCGAUAGCUAGCGGUUAGCUGCUACCUGUCAGGUUUCACUAGCCGCGCAACACAGCAGCUGGAUUGUGAGGAUAUAUGAGAUAACUGUUGGCCCUGGAGCGACAGAAAACACCCUAAAAUCCAUGGAGACAUCAUCAGUGUUCAUGUGCUUCCCCUGCUACCAGGAGUUUAACACCCUGGAGGAGGUGCUCAAGCACCAGUUGACUUGCACUGCUGAGGAUGACCAACAGAAUGCAUCAAAACCCACAGCUGUUGCUGUUCCACAGUUUCAGACUCAGGUGUUACAUCCAACAAAGGCUGUUGAUGACCCACAGCUUGAGCCAGACAUAGGACAGACCUCCCAACCACCUGUGAUAAAUGCACUUAAUGAAGCUGCAGGGGUUUCUGAACAGUCACCAGAUCAACCCAGAAUUCUCUACCAAUGUGGGGAUUGUGAUGACCUUUUCAAGAGUCUGGAUCUUUGGCAAGAACAUCGUAAAGGUGGAACAUGCUAUCACUCACCCUGUACUUCCAGAUCAAAACUAGAUUUCGGACCUGAGUCGGAGGCCGUUUCAGUUGAGAACACAAGUUCACCUUUAAACCCAGAGGACUCUUCUUCCUUCAGGAUAGAAACUACUGAAAAUCUUAAUCCUGAAAGUGUGGAGGCAGCAAUAAAGCCUCUGACUGAAACUGAAACCAAGAAUGAGGAGGGUCCUCCACUUCAGAGUUCUGAAGGUACAGAGUUAACCUCUAAUGUAGAGGAUUCAUCUCCUUCCAAGAAAAGAGGAGCAAAUAAAAAACCUAAACCUGAGCCAGUGCUCCUUUGUGUGGACUGUGGUUCAUGCUUUGGUCUGGUGUCUGAGCUAGUGAGUCACCGCAAGACCCAACAUGGCUUUGAGGAAGUUCUCCAUCGUUGCAAUGUCUGUGGGGAAAGCUUUCUAAACACCACCCUCUUUCUGUACCACCGCAAGCAACACCGGCAGACAAAUGAGUCAAAGGCGACUGUGCUUCUAGAACUAACGCCAGGAGAGGUUUGUAAUCAAAGCAAUGGAGCUGAUGAGCAGGAAGAGGAUGCUAAACCCUCCACCACAACCGGUACCUCCAGCUUUACACAACCUGAGCUUUUUAUGUGCACAAAGUGUGGAGAAAGCUUCAGCAAUGAAACAGGCUUGGUCACACAUCGUAAGCAGAAGCAUAGCCUUCAGGAGGCCAUACACAGUUGCUCUCUUUGUGGUCAGGGAUUUAUGAACACCACCCAGUACUUAUAUCAUCGUCGGCAGCACCACAACACCUCAGGGACAGUGUUGCAGGAUGGUGCUGAGACUAGUGGUGAAUUAGCCACCACUAACCUUCAAGAUAGUCAACAGGCCUCAAAGCGAUCGCUUUCCCCUCCUGCCUCCAGUAGUGAAUCAGGUUCGCCCCAUCCAAAGAGAAGUAAGUCCGAGAGCAGUGUCAGUGCACUCAAAGGAAACAAGGUGAUUCGAACAACAAGGGAGCAGUCAGAUGGCAAUGCUCCUGCAGACUCUGAUGCAACCAAUCUGCCUCCACCUGCCAAACUAAUGCAGGACUGGGCACGCACCCAACUCCCACAUGUUUGCCCAUACUGUGGCAAAACCUUCACACGACGUGUGUUCCUCCGGUCCCAUGUCUUCACCCACACUGGAGAAAAGCUAUUCACAUGCAAGGUGUGCCCAAAGGCUUUUAGUAACUCCCAAAGCCUGCUGCGCCACAGCUUGAGCCACACCGGUGUGAAGCCGUACUACUGCGAUGUGUGUGGCAAAAACUUCUCCCAGCCAGCCACCCUGAAGAGACACCAACUCAUCCACAAAUCUGUACACCCACGGGGCAAACGAGGACGCAAACCGGUGUGUACUUUGGACAACGAAGGAGUGGCCCAUCUCUUCCCUUGCCCUAAUUGCCCAUCCAGAUUCAACACUGAGGAGCAGCUUAACCAUCACAAAUUGCUCCACACCAGUCACCCAUUUCCAUGUGCAGAAUGUGGAGAAGCCUUCAAACGUAGAAAGGACCUUGACCUGCACUCACUCAUUCACCAAGACAAGCAGCCAGCAACUUGUCCUCACUGCUUAGCCCAGUUUGUGAACCAGUCAGUGUUGGAAAUCCACCUGCAGCGUUGCCCUACAAGUGAAGAGGAGAGGAAUGCCGGGCGUGGAAGGGGCCAAGGCCGUGGACGCUGCACUGGACAGAUUGAGUGUGACUUAUGUGGCCAUCGUUGCAUGACCCAAGAGGGCCUUGACCUCCAUCGGUUAUCUCAUACGGGCCAGACGCCUCUGAAGUGUCCGGUGAAACCUUGUCGUCGUCGUUUUAUCUCCAACGCUGCACUUGAAGAGCAUGUGCUGGCUCACAUCCAAGGAACACUCAGCAAGACCAAAAACCGACCUAACUUCCGCUGUGAGAUUUGCCACAAGGAGUUUUCCUACAAUUCCACCUUCAAUGUGCACAUGAGAACACAUACUGAUGAGAGGCCCUUUGAGUGUGCCACAUGUGGCAAGCGCUUCCGCCAGCUGCCACAUCUACAGGACCACGAGCGCAUCCACUCUGGCCUGCGGCCUUUCUGCUGCUGGAUUUGUGGUAAAAGUUUCAGUGUGGCUGCCCGUCUUACCGAGCACGCACGCACCCACAGUGGUGAGAAGCCCUACCCCUGCCCACACUGCCCCGCUGCCUUCCGCUCACGCUCCAACCUGGAUAAACACGUCAAGCUGCAUGGCGACAUCCCUCCAGAGACUGCCGAAGAGGUUGCACAGGCAGCCGAGGCUGCCCAGGUACAGAAGGUGCUGGAGGGAGCUCAAGUGCUGUCUUCUCUGGCAUCUACAGCAGAGGGAGACACUACGUCUGUGCAAACGAUCUACGUCCUGCAGGGAACUGAUGAGAGUGGCGAAACAGUCAUGAUCCCAUCAGAUCAGCUCAGCGCCAUGGAAGGCUCUUCACAGGUUGUCAUCCUGCCUUCCUCUGUUCUGGAAUCUCAAGCCAUUGCUGUUCCCACUAUCACCAUGGUGGAGACAGGCCAGUCGCCCCAGCACGCCAUCGAGUUCAUCGUGGAGGAAACUGUGUGAAGACACGCAGCAAAUCUAUUGUGAGGAGUGAUACAACUGUUGAGUUUAAACAAACAAAACAGGAUUGAAAGGAUUAAUGGCUGUUGGAGAGUCAAGUCUGGAAUUUGGUGGACUUUCUUUCUUUAUAUGUGUAUAAAGUACCAUAUUUUCUGGAGUAUAAGUCGCAAAAAUACCUCUUGAAGAGGGAACACUCAUAUCAGUCACACUGGAGUAUGUCACACCUUUUUCUGUAUUAUUAGUUCUUUAAUUUGGAUUUUUUUUUUUUGUGCAUUGUUGUGUACUUUUUAUGAUUGGAGUUUAUUUUGUUUAGUGCUUUGAUUCCUGGGAAAGUCCCAUAUAAAUAUUCAUGGUUUUUAACAAGGAAUGUGUGACUUUUUUUUUUUCUUCAGUAUACACGUAUACGUUGCAUGGCCUCCAAAACUAAAAAAAGCAAAAACAUGACUUAUACUCUGGAAAAUAUGGUAGUUUGAAUUCUAAGUAGGGGUGUAAUGAUGCACAGCUUUCUCAUAGUUUGGUUUGAUUCCAGUUUGAUAUUCAUACCAUAUUUGCUGCACUUUAACACCCUGUGACCUUGAUUUACCCUUUUCCUCAUCUGUGAGGAAAAAAAAUCUCUUAUUAUUUCUCUUUUUUCCUAGGAUUUAGUGGAAAAAUACUUAAAAUAUUUAGGUGUGAUGUCCUCUAAACACUUAAAAAAAAAUUGAAUAUUCUUUGUGUAAACAGUAUCCUUAUUAAAAAGGAGAGUAAAUGCCUGAACUUUGGUGACCAGCUCUUACCAAAACAGAAGGACCUGACUUAUCCAUGCUACAAGACACAUACAUUAUCAGAUGAGCUCUUGUUUGUAUAUUUUGAUUUACCAUUUCAAACCCACAUUGUGUAUUUCAGCAUUCCAGUAAAAAUUUUGUCCACUGCAAAUCAGACACAAAACAAAAGUUGUUCUUUCCCAGUGGAUGGUUGAUAAUCUAGAAUUGUUAUUUGUGUUCAGAUGAGUCUAACGUUCUUUAGUUACAACUUAUUUUAUACAUACGACUAAGAUAGAUUGUAGUAUUUGGGCUGAUUUGUUCAUUUCUUAAACUCCUGAGCUUUUGAGAACUGAAGCUUCCACCCCAUCCCCAGUCCCCCCAGGUCAGCAGUAACUAUGUAUAUAAAUAUGUAUAAUUGCCAUUUUUUGAAAGCAGUAAUUUAAUGAACUUCAUCUUAGGAGUUUUUCUUCUUGUCCAGAAAUCAUGCCGCAAUGCUUUGUUACUCCUAAUUCUAAGGCAGUUUUAAUAAAUGGCCUUUUCUGUGAGCCCCACCCGUCCCUGUCCCUGCCUGGUAUGUUCUACAACUUCCCUUAAGCAGAAAUGGAUUUGAGUAAUCAUUAAUGAAGCAGCAUAACAAAUAUAUAUAUACACACACACUGUUCAACGAAAUGCAAAGUUGGUCGUUCUAAAUGGCUUGUUAUAAAAUUGUUAUAUGCAGAUAGGUAUUUAAAGCCCCCACUGAUGGGGGUUGGGGGAGGAGGGGGUAAGAAACAUCUUUUCCAUUCUUGCCAAUAAAGUGCUUCAGCUUCCA